AUGGGCAAAUCAAGAGUUGCACCUCUUAAAACAGUCACGGUACCCAGAUUGGAACUAACCGCUGCAACAUUGGCCGUGAAGCUGAAUAAACAAAUUUGUGAUGAGUUGGAUCUGUCAAUAAGUCAAAUUGUUUUCUGGAGCGAUUCAAUGAUAGUGCUGCGUUACAUUAAGAGCGAGAACAAAAGGUUUCAAACCUUUGUAGCGAAUCGAUUACAAGUUAUUCACGAUGCUUCUACUCCGAAUCAAUGGAGACAUGUGCCAACCAAGCUCAACCCAGCCGACCUUGCAUCAAGAGGUAUAAGUCUUGGUCGCGCAACAGGCCAAGACCAACGGGACUUGCAGUUUUGGUUGAACGGACCCGAUUUCCUUUGGAAAGAUCCCAAAUUAUGGCCAACGCAGCUAGAUGACAUACCAGACGUAGAAGACACAGAUGUGGAAGUAAAGAAACCUAAAGCAAGAGUUGGUGCCGUCAUCAACUCAAAGGAUGCACCCUGA